AUGAAAGUGAACUUUCGUUUUUCAACUAUACCUUCGCAACCCACAGCUACAGAAAUGCUGAUGUGGAUACAUCAUCAUGGAAUUGUUCACAAGUGUUGCUUCUUGUUUUGCAUAAUACUCCUACAAACUGUAUACGGGGCUAAUUUGGACAUUUUAAAUGUCGGGGAAGAAUUGCAAAAGGAAACCCUACCAUUACAAUCAGGAUCCCGUGUCUACCAACUUCAAGGCCUUAAACCAAAUCAUUGGUAUGAAGUGAAGAUAUCAUAUCCUGCUUCUAUACCCGCUAGCUUUUCAUUACAACUUAAAAAGGAAAAUCCAAACUUUGAACUGAAGCAACAGAGGAAAUUACUCAAUACUGAAAAGUUGAUUUUCAAGAAUGAUGAUGAAGACUUACAAAACAACCAGAGUGGAAUGUAUGUGAUGUUGACUGUGGAGACUGAGGGGGUGGUUGCUAUCCCAAAUGGAAAGGAGAGGGAAAUGGUUAUAUAUAACAUAGUUUGUGAUGAACUAAUGUUAGGUAUUCCACACAAGGCUUGGUGGGUUGUGAUGUUUGUAAUUAUUUGUUUGGGUGUGGCAUUUGUGAUCCCAUCUUUUCUUCCAUCAUUUCUUUUAAUAACAACAGAUCGAAUGCCAUUAUUAGCUUCCAAGAAUUCCUGACUUCAUUCUUCAUCAGUAUGCUCACAAAGUGUAUUGGAAAAUGGAAGAUUUUGAUACUUGAAGCAGGUUUGAAAGUUGGCAAUUUUUGGGAUUCUUGAUCAUAUUUAUGUUUGGGAUGUUUAAUUAUUUGAGAAAGUUCAUGUAUUAUGGUAAUUAAGUGUUAGACUUUGAUCAUCAUAAGGAACAAAACUAAGUUGGAUCAUUUUUCUUUGAGAUGGUUUCAAUUUGAAAAUCUCCAUAUAUACUAUUUAUAUUGUAAGUCAUUAUGUUUUGCAUAUUAUGUGCAUAAAACAUUGUCUUUUGGGGUGUCGUUUUCCUCAUAUACUCGGGAAAGUAGUUUCGACUUUUGAACAUAUGCUCAUGAAGCAUUAUAUCGGAUCAUAUUCUAAAC